GAUUCCAAGAUGGCAGCGCCCACGCGUUGGAGGGUGAAACGGUCUAUAAAAGCGAAGACGUGUCGUCAAACGCGUCACCGUGGAGCCACAAACGCCAUCGGCGGCAUGUGAAAAACCCAUUUGCCAUGGAGAGCAAAAAGGAGAAAUUGAUAUUCCUAUCGGUCAUAAAAAGAGAAAGAAAAGAUCGAAUGUCGGGCACGAAGCUCCUAUCUAAUCGAGCUCCUCUUUCCUCCGUCCGUGUAGCACUCUUAAGAGGAACUCGUACGUGUAGCACUCUUAAAAGGAACUCGUAUCGCAUUCUGGUCGCCGAAACCUUCGCGUCGUAAUCGAAGGAUGAACCUCUGCAGGCUCUUCGCCGUGCUACUGCUAGGAUGUCUAAGGUUCGCUGCCUCAUUGCCGCCCGUCCUGAAGGAAAUCCAUUUGCCUAAUGUUGAGGUAAGCUUCGCAUCGCUGCCCUCAAAUUCGGACCCAUCUGUCCAAGACAAAAACAAACUGCCGAGUCACCCAGUCGUAGUCGGAGACACCGGCGCGACGAACGGGCCUAGCGGACCAAUCAACACAUCGCAGAAGGAGAAACUAGUCAUUACCGUUGAGAGGACGUCCAACAGUACAUUGCAGAUUUCGCAGGGCGGUCCGCAGUGUUCCGAGGGCACCUCUCCAGAAGGGAAGAAAUGCGUGGCGAAAGGAGCGCUGGAAACGCUGCUAUCCGUAGCGGACGAGCUCAAGAGAUAUCUGGGAGACCAGACUGGUUCGCCCCGGGAUCAGACUACGCUCGUUACGACUGAAACGCCCGCAGGGACAACUUCGACAGUUCCACCUAAGAUCGACACCAAGCUCUACAGGCCGGAGCAUAGCGGGUGCGACGUCCACAGAUGCAGGUCUCCGAAUUGCGCUUGCAGCGGGGAACUGCCACCGGGAGGACUGACGAUACAGGACACGCCGCAGUUCGUGAUGCUCACCUUCAACCACACUGUUCACCGAGGCAACAUGCCGUUCUUCAACAAGCUUCUCGGCGGAUCCCACAAUAGGAAUAAGGCGACGGGUUGCGACGUCUUGGCCACCUUCUUCGUUUCCGCCGACGUGGAUUACAAGCUCAUGAACGACUUGUACCUUAUGGGCAACGAGAUCGCUCUUCACACCAUCAGCAACCGAAACGACCCUGACUUCUGGAAGUCCCUGAGCCCGGAAGAAUGGGGUCGCGAAGUCGACGACCAGCGGAAGAUGCUGAAGGUGUUCGGCAACAUCGCAGAACGGGACUUGAAGGGGUUCAGUGGUCCUUUCCUCAACACCGGCGGAGAGAACGGGUUCAAGGCGCUCCAAAGCAACGCAGUCGAGUACGACAACUCGCUCGUCCACCUGAGGCGCCGCGGUGAAGACUAUCCGCUGUAUCCUUACACACUGGACUUCGGAUUCAAGAUGCCGUGCGUCGUCGAACCCUGCCCUCAAGACCCCUAUCCUGGACUCUGGGUCUUUCCCGUCAACGUGUACCUCAAGAGCGAAGUAGUUGACGGGCAAGACCGCGAGGUACCCUGUCCCAUCGGAGCCGCGUGCGAGCCGCAGCCGACCACCGCCAUCGACACGCUCAAUUACCUGAGGUCUCACUUUGAGCAGCACUACAACACAAACAGGGCACCGUUCCAACUUUCCCUGAGUGAAGAGUGGCUGAAGGAUCCCAAGCGCCAAAAGGGCUACAUGGUUUUCGUGAAAUGGCUACUGCAGAAGGAAGACGUCCACCUGGUUACUAUGUCCCAAGCCCUCGAGUUCAUGAGGAAUCCGGUGCCUCUGAGCAGAUACAACCAGCGUCAAUGCGAAAGGCACGACGAUAGGACACCCUGUUCCAAACCGACGAAGUGUUCGUACCCUACCACUCCGCUGGGCCACUUCCGGUUCAUGAACACUUGCUCGGGUCCGUGCCCGCCAAACUUUCCGUGGCUGAAGAAUCCUCUUGGACAUUGAACGCGCGUCUACCGGCAUGUUUAUAGCGUUCAAAAGGCACGUUUGCGUUCAACGAUAAAUGUAUUUGUAGAUGAUCUUUUCUCUGGAGAUGCUUCAUCCCUCAUGCGAGGCAGUUGCUACUGUUGGAAAACAAUAAAGCUGCAACAGUAAGAAA